UUAUCAGUAUUGUUAGUUUGUAUCAGUCAAUGUUUGGAAGUUACAAAAAUAAUUAACCUAUUAAGCAUCGUAACGUUGGGAAUUCAAACAUUUAAAUAACCUCUCAUAAAAAAAAUAUAAUUUUUCAUAACAGAAUUAGCAUUAAAACUUUUUUACCUAAAAACACGACAUGAAAGUUGUAAAAGGAAAUUGGAAUACUCUUUUGAGCAAUUACGAGGUUCUAGAUAUUUUGCGAAAUACGAAGUCCUAUAAAAAACAAAAACCAAAUCAAUUAGCGACCAUCACUUAUCAGACAAUCAAAUAUUUGGAGAACAUGCCGUGCAAGACGCAGAACCCUGAGAAAAUCAGGGAGUUUUUAAAAGCAAUGGAGCCCUUCAAAUUGACUAAAGCUGAAAAGCUUGCUCUUCUCAAUCUCUGUCCUACUCGACCAAUCGAAAUACAAUUGUUGAUAGAAGAAAGCGAGGAACGUCUAUCGGAGGAAGAAUUGGAAACUGUGCUGCAAAUAGUCGCAAAUGUGCGAGGCGAUUACGAAUAUAAAGAAGAAGAGACUUAAUCUACAUCUUAACAUACCUUAUUUAAAUAUAUUUUAUAUGUACAUUUUAUUUUAUAAUAAAACAUGUGACUGGAAA